UUUGCGACAGGCCUGAGACUAGGGAUUCUUGAGGCCGUGAGUGAGAAAUGUGGCAGAGGUGCUGUCAGACGCCUUCCCCAGAUUAGUCUUGGAACAUGGGCCUAGAUUCAUGUAAGGGACUGACUGGCCUUGAGGCUACGACAGAUUCGGACCAUGUAGUAUGCGAGGAUCGACUCCCGAUAGCUCAGAAUAGAAGUCUCGUUGCGUACGAUGAACAAAAGAGUUCACCCAGCUAUAGCGAAUUGGAGGGGAAUCUUGUUCCGUUCCGGUCGAGAACGGGGAUAACCGUGAUGCUGCACGUACCGGUAGCCGCUCUUGUUGAACUUGACGUAGAAAGAGCCUUGUAUAGAGAUCACAGAGCUAAAUGCUUCGCAGUCAAACCAUUCGGCGGCGUCUGUUUCCGAAUAUGCUCCUCAGCCUGUCGGCGAUAUGCGACACCGACCAAGCUGCAGCAUGGGUGGUGGGUGGUGGAUGGUGGGUGGAAUGCCAUCGAUGCUCUAGACCCUCCACGGGUUGCUGUUCAUGUGAUCUUCCAUCUAUCUACUCCGUACUCCGUAACUUGGAACAACAAUUGCAUCCCGUCUUUUGAUGCUCGAUCGACUCGUGAUGGCCUACUUUGCCGGCUUACAAUGAUACAUUCCGAUUUGACUGCGUGCUGCAUGCCUUUCGCCACUUUUACUGCCAAUUUACUACUCACCAUAGUACCAUGGUAUCGCUGCCAAUUCGGCCACCCCCCUUUUCCCUUUUCCAACCUCAUGUGAGGUUGCGCGUUUUCUUGUUACGUCCGUAUCACAUGUGAGUUGUAAAUCGAGCCACGCAGCUUGGCAAUUUCAGUUCCUUAUCAAGGGUUUCCGUGCUCACAA